CUUCUUUGAUACUCGAACCAAUUUACAAAAUAUAUCAGAUCUAGAAAACCCUCAAAUCGACCAACAAUUAUCCCCAACACCACUUCUACCACCUGCCAAGAAAACUAAAAAUCAUAUUUCGCCUCACAACACUCGCUACAAUCCAUACAAUUGUACAAAAAGUGGGCAAAUCGCCAUACCCCUAAACCCACAUCAACACAACUAUCCUUGA